GCCCGGAGCCGCCGCAGCCCCGCCCGCAGCGUCCCGUCGCCGGGCAACGCGCGGCCCCUCGGCCCGGUGCCGUUCGCCAUGGCCGACCCGGAGGCCGCGGGCAGCCCCCGCACCAGCGACUGGUACCGCACCAGCCCCGGCCUGCCCGCACGCUUCCAGCAGCCCGCCUGCUUCCGCGGCUACGGGAAGCCGGAGCCUCACCCCCGCUACCGGACCACGAACCAGACCUACGGCAGCAGAGCCCCCACGGUGCACGAGGUGCCGACCUCCUUCCACGUCACCUCGCACGCGUUUUCCAACGCUCUGGCACCGUGUGGCAUGUACAGAAAUAAUGGGCUCAACACCUCCCUGGAGAAGAGCCACGUCACCGGCACUGCCAACUUCAUCACUGCCAGUGACCACCUCAACUUCCAGCCCAGCUACAACCCCAGCUCCCCGUCACACUGUUAGCCCUGUGGCGGUGACAACGCUGGGGUGAAGCUGUUGGAGUUUACUGCUUGCUGCCUAGAUGAAAACUAACCCCCCAAACCAACAGGAGCAACAACAGCACUGACCUUACCCUGAAUCUGUCGCUAAGCCUCAGCUGGAGGCAUCACGGGAGGCACUGCAAGGUUGUGGUUUGGCUGCUGAACCAAGUUUGGAGGCUAUUUCAUCAAGAAUAAAGCUGGGUUUUGUUACA